GGGUGCGACUGGUGGGACACAAGCGCUGUCGAUGGAUAUUCGUUGCCUUUCAAGCUGGAAGUCGACAGUCAGUGUCCGCAGGCCAAGAAGAUUGACUGCUUGGGUCUAUCUUUUGCGGAGUGUCCAGCGGUUGAAAAUCUGGGAAGUGUCGGUAACGAGGACCUUCGCGUCGUGGACCACGUGUCUUCCAAGGUUGUAGGAUGCUAUUCGCCCUGUGGCAAACUUACAUACUCGAACUGGGGCAACAAAGUUGGUCAGCAUGCCCCCGAUAGUGAUGUUGCGAAAAUGUACUGCUGUCCGACACCACCUGUGAGCCCGCAACAGUGCAGGGCAGGUCCUGUGGAGAAGAGUGCCUUUGUCAAGUUGAUCCACCAGAAGUGCAAAAAUGUUUAUGGCUACGCAUAUGAUGAUGCCGUGGGUCUGCAGGUCUGUCCGGCAGGGACCACGUACACCUGGACUUUGGGCUGUCCGACCGCGACGGAGGCCAAAGACAGUGGAUGUUCAGAAAGAAUGGGACUCGGCAAAGUUAGGCACAGCGACACCGGCCGCUGA